UUAUAAUGAGUCGCCGCUGCGCCUCUUCUCAAGAUGGCGGGGCUGCUGAAUCUGUAUGGUAGCAUCACGGGAAUAAAAUAAAUUUCGAAAGUGGUUAGGUUUCCACGAAGAGAUACCUGUGUCAUAGUUUUCACUCCCAGAAGAUCACAGUGGAAGAUGAACAUUGCAUCUAUUCCAUAAGCUGAAUGCAUUGUGAUUUCCAAUAAUUGAGACAGUGAUUCUGAAAGCUGUCUACAUUAAUGAAAAGAGCAAUGUAGUCAGCUUAGCAUAUUCACCUCUGGUACGUGGUCUAUACAGAGAUGAGCUCCUGCAUGUAUUCCGAGUUGAGAUAAGAAGAAAAUAAGAUUUUAACAUAAUUGUUAGUUUAUAAUAUUUUAACUCUUAAAUUAGAGGGAAAUGGAAAUGGAUGAUAUUCUACCCCCUCUCCCCUUGGAGCCACCUGAUGAUUUUGACCUAGACCAAGAAAGAGCACCUCCACCACCUCCCCUGCAAACGUCCAGUGACGCAGAGGUAAUGGACGUUAGCUCUGGUGGUGAUGGAUACACAUACACCCCAGGGGAUGGGGAAGGGGAAGCCAAGACACAGCAGCCCAUCAGCAAGGGCUCACUAACUUUCUGUACCCACCUUUCAAAUGAGGCCACUUCUAGCUCACUAUGCCCCAGAACAGCCCGCCAUGCUCCCCCGGUCACCAAGUUCCUACCAGACCUCAAGCUGCUCAGAGAUGUUAAGAUUAGCGUGAGCUUCACUGAAAGCAGCAGUACUAUCAGUAGCAAAGAUAGGACAGUUUUGUACACAGGUGAGGGGCAGGAGGCAGGACGUGAUGAAAGUUUAGGCGGUCUUAAUGGUGAAUUGCAUGAAAUGACAAGUUUGGAACAGGUAGCUGAAGGUAGCUCAGGUAUAGGAGACACUUUAGGCAGGAAGUCAGUGGAGACUGAGGUAGACCUGGAAAAUAAGGUAGAGUUCGCUGUCCUGGAUGAGUUGGAUGAAUUCUACGAGAACUUCUUGGAUCAGGAUGAUGGCGAGCACAGCGGCUUUAAGUCUGAAGUCAUAGUUCAGCAGGAGCAAGCGGAUGACGAGGCUGUAACUUACUCCUAUGAGGAGGAGUUUGACAAUGAUGUUGACGCUCUGCUGGAAGAGGGGAUGCCAGUCCCAAAGAAGAUGCGCCCAGCUGAAGACAAAUAUGGUGGGGACAGUGAUCAUCAGUCUGAUGGGGAAGGAGGCGUUCAGCCCAUGAUGACCAAAAUAAAGACUGUCCUAAAGAGUCGGGGCCGCCCGCCUACUGAGCCGCUACCUGAUGGAUGGAUCAUGACAUUCCAUAACUCAGGCAUUCCAGUCUACCUGCACAGAGAGACCAGAGUGGUUACCUGGUCCAGACCCUACUUUCUUGGAACUGGCAGUAUUAGGAAACAUGACCCACCCAUCAGUAGCAUCCCCUGCCUACACUAUAGAAGAAUGAAGGAACAGGAGGACAAGGAGCUUAACGGGGAGGUUAUGUCUAAUGCAGAGACGUCUCCUGUGAAGCCCGGUGAGGAGGGCAGUGGUGAAGAGAAAGCAGGCCAGUCGUCUGAGGAGCAAGAUGAUGUUCCUGCUUCCAGUGUAGCCACGGCUAGCCAAGAUGGAGAGCAUACCACUGGUGACAGUUCACAGAAUAAAGAGCCUCAGCCCUGUGACACUGCGCAAGGAGCCUUGGGGCAGGUCAAGGCCAAGGUGGAGGUGUGCAAGGAUGAGUCCAUAGAACUUGAAGAAUUUCGUCUUUACCUGGAAAAAUGCUUUGACUUUGAACAAGUCACUGUCAAGAAGUUUCGCACCUGGGCUGAGCGUAGGCAGUUCAACAGGGACAUGAAGAGGAAGCAGGCAGAGUCGGAGAGACCCAUCCUGCCUGCUAACCAGAAACUCAUCACGCUGUCUGUCCAAGAUGCUCCGACUAAGAAGGAAUUUGUCAUCAAUCCUAAUGGAAAAUCUGAAGUUUGCAUCUUGCAUGAAUACAUGCAGCGUGUCCUGAAGGUUCGACCUGUUUACAACUUUUUUGACUGUGAGAACUCUAGUGAACCCUUUGGAGCCUCAGUCAUUAUAGAUGGCGUCACUUAUGGUACAGGAACAGCGAGCAGUAAAAAACUUGCCAAGAAUAAAGCUGCUCGAGCCACACUGGAAAUCCUCAUCCCUGACUUUGUAAAGCAGACCUCGGAGGAGAAACCUGUCGAAGGGGAUGAACUAGAGUAUUUUAAUCAUAUCAGUAUAGAAGACUCAAGAGUGUAUGAGCUGACCAACAAAGCAGGACUACUUUCGCCAUAUCAGAUUCUUCACGAGUGCCUUAAAAGAAAUCAUGGAAUGGGAGACACUAGCAUUAAAUUUGAGGUAAUCCCAGGGAAAAACCAGAAGAGUGAAUAUGUGAUGACAUGUGGGAAACAUACAGUGCGCGGCUGGUGUAAGAACAAGAGGGUUGGAAAACAGCUAGCAUCUCAGAAGAUCUUACAGAUGCUUCACCCCCAUGUUAAAAACUGGGGCUCACUUCUGCGAAUGUAUGGCAGAGAGAGUAACAAGAUGGUCAAAAAGGAGAAUUCAGACAAGAGUGUGAUUGAGCUCCAGCAGUAUGCCAAAAAGAACAAGCCAAACCUUCAUAUCUUGAACAAACUGCAAGAAGAAAUGAAGAAGCUUGCAGCUCAGAGGGAGGAAACGAGAAAGAAACCCAAGAUGACCAUAAUGGAGUCGGCCCAGCCAGGGAGCGAGCCGCUCUGCACUGUCGACGUUUGAAGUCUCGGAAUCACUGAGAAACCACAGCACUGAAACCUUGUCACUGUCCAGCUAAACACAGCACCACCCAUCAAUACAGUAUGCAUCACUAAGAUCUAAUGGCAAUAUAGCAAGUCAUUGGCCAGGCCGGUAGCGCCGCUUGCUUCCUUCACCUUCACUUUACAGGAUGAGCAGGUUUAUGUAAGGGUAGGACUACAUGCACUUACAGACCCUAGUGAAAAUCCAGUUUACCCCUCUAGAUUCAUCCUUAUCGUGGCACUUAAAAGGAUGCAGAGAAGUUAAAAAGGACUUGAUUAAAAUAUGAACAUCUGAAUAAAAAUGCAUGCGUCUUAAAUCACAAAAAAAAAAAAAAAAACACUGCAUCCAUUGGUUUUUCUUU